CGGCCAUCUUGGUUCAUAGUUGCUGAUUCGUCAGAGUGCUUGUGAAUGAACUUGUGAUAAUUUAUCUCUUAUGUUGUUUUCUCAUCAUUUUCAUCCUAAGUUCUGUGUAAAAUUUUAAGUAUCUAACAAGCUGUGCGGGGCCAUUUAGCAAGAGUGAGACGCGAACAUAAGAACUUACCACAAUGCGAAGACAAGGCCAAGAUGUGAUGCAGGUAAACCUGGCAGGUAUCCGACGGGACAUCAAAAAUCUUGCUCAUAACUAUAGUGAUGCGCAGAAAGCAGUGCGCAAGGCCACGAGCAAUGAUCCAUGGGGUCCUAGCAGUACACUGAUGGCAGAAAUAGCCGACUUAACUUACAAUGUUGUAGCAUUCACAGAGAUAAUGCAAAUGCUCUGGAAACGACUUAAUGAUCAUGGAAAGAAUUGGCGGCACGUUUACAAAGCAUUAGUUCUUUUGGAAUAUUUAAUUAAAACUGGUACAGAAAAAGUUGCUCAUCAAUGCAGGGAAAACAUCUUUUCUAUCCAGACUCUAAAAGAUUUUCAAUACAUGGAGGGACCUAAGGAUCAAGGAAUUAAUGUUAGGGAGAAAGCCAAGCAACUAGUAGCAUUACUGAAAGACGAUGAACGGUUGAGAAACGAAAGAGCACGUGCUCUGAAAGCAAAGGAAAGAUUUGCACAAUCUCUGAGUGGCUUUGGUAGCGAUGGAUUAGAUACGAUGUCUCCGAUGAGUAGCGAUUUUCAAGACUGGGAGCCGUGUCAACUUUCAGAAUCAGCAUCCAAACCUGAGCUCGAAGCGGCGAGACCACAAACCGUUGGCGAAGAAGAACUGCAACUACAACUUGCUCUUGCAAUGUCACGAGAAGAGGCUGAACAAGAAGAGCAGAGACGACGUAGUGAUGAUGUCAGAUUACAGCUGGCUUUGAGUCAGAGUCAACAAGAUUUCAAAUCACCUCCGUCUGACAAACAAAGUCACGUGCUCGACUUAUUAGAUGUAAACUUAGGAGAGGCAAGCGGAUCAUCUGCUCAGGUCGAUCCUUGGGGUGUUCCUACAGCAGCACCGCCUCCGAGACCUCAGCCACAUACUGACCCAUGGUGUGUACCGACAAGUAGCGCUUCACCUCCAGUCGAUCCGUGGGCUCCUGUUCCUCCGCAAAGACCGACUGCAGCAGUUGAUCCUUGGCGAGCUCCAGUGGUUUCACCAGCAACAGUUGCUCCUCGUACUGUGGAUCCUUGGUCGCCCUCGUCUGGAGCCGAAGCCUCAGCUCUUGCUUCUCCAUCUCCGUCUUUUAAUAAUCCUACCCUUACUCAGAAUAUUGGAUUUACAGCCCAGUCACCCCAAAAUAUCGGUUUCAAUCUGCCUACAUCAAAUAUUGGCUUUAGCAAUCAGACUAAUGGUUUCAAUGGUAGUGGAAUCGGAUUUAACGAAUUUACUUCUCAAAACCCACAAAACUCUGGGGCGAGCCCACUUGGAGAUUUGGAUGAAUUUGAUGUCAUCAGUAACAGAGGCAAGCUGGAAACUAGUCCGCAGCCUAAUAACGGUGUUAACAAUAACAUGCUAGGAACUGCGAUGUCGCCAGAUCCAUUUGACCUCGGAGGCCUUAGUGAUAAUCUUUCUGCAAGUACGGGAGCUGUUAAGAAGACUCCUCAAUCAUUCCUUGGUGAAAACUCGGCACUUGUUAAUUUGGAUAACCUUGUUAGUGCCACUGCGGUUAAACCACCUGCUCCUGCACCUACAGUGACGGUACCGUAUUUGGCAAAUCCAUUUGCUGCAGCGACACCACCACCUCGUCCAACAAUUAAUCAAAUCCGACAGGAUCCCUGGUCAGGCACUACAGCAAAUCCAUUUCUUUCGUAGCGCAGCUGAGAAUCUGAUGAUUAUGAACCAAUGAUCGAACACAUCGUAUUCUAAAUAAUAAUACAGAAUAUUAUUAGGAGCUUGGUUAUAGACAAGUUUUAAUAUGAGGUAUGGUAUGGAUUUAUAUAUUGUAUGAUAGGUCAGAACGAACUGAAUUUACUGCGUGAAGCAUAAAAUUUCGGGCGCAACGUUAUUCAAAUUUUCUCGAAUCAUAUACUAUUAUGCAUUGACAUAAUUUGAUCGCGAAAAGACGGGUUAUUAUUAUUAUAAUCUGGUAUCACUGUUCGAAUUGGUAUAACAUGACUGAUUGUUUUUGAUUUAUACUCAAUAAACUAAUUUCAUAAAUUUAUUCAGUAUUCAUAAUCAGUCGCGAUAUUCGUCAAUUCAGUAAUAUUUUGUAGUGACGAAGGAUAUCAAUUGCAACUAGUGAGUAGUGUUAUAAUAAGAAGAUUACCUUAUAAAAUAACACUAUUCAACCCUUUUAGGCGUGGAACAAGGAGACGAAUUUGGAAAACGUAAUGUCAAGUUUAUAUGCUUUCACAAUAUUAUGGUACAGAUAUGGGAGAGAUGAUUGAUAUUUUAAUACACAUGAUCAAGUCUGCAUUGUGUCAAUUGUAAUUCAAAAAGACGCGUUUUUUUUUUUCUUUUCGUUUCAUUUUAUCCCAAACGUCGGUGCAAUUAUCACUGUUGAGGAAUCAAUUUUUUAUUAUAAAUACUUCUAGAGUGAAUUGUUGUUACAGAUCGAAAAAAUAAUGAACAUUUGUGUUUUUUUUUUAUUGUAGAAAAUGUUACGCAUAUGAUAAUUGUAACUUUUUUGUUUCCUUUUGGUGUUUGGUAUACAUGGGUGUCGUUAAUACCAUGCAGAUUUGAAACUGAAGAUUUUUUUAGCAAAUGACUUGAUAUAAGUUAGUAAAUAUAAGAUAAAAAAAAGUCUACUCUCCAGAGCAAUGAAUAUCUUCAAUUUUGAAAUAUAAAUUGGGAAGCCCAGGUAUAUAACAUUACGAAAUGAGUUAAUAUAGUAACGGAUUGUAGAAUUGAACUGACAUAUUUAUUUUAUAAACAGUCUGAGGUUCAUGCAUAAGUACGUGUGUAUAUAUGUAUAUAUACACACACACAUACACACAAACAUUAGGGUGAUCCUUAUAUAGGACUUCGAUGAAUUUCUUAUCAUUCGCCUCCCCCCCACAAAUCGGCUCCGAAUAAUUCAAAAACAGUCCCUGAAUUUCUUUUAGAGUUUUACCUCAGUCUUAACCUGUUCCGGUAACAGGGGAGAUUUUCCCAUUCAAAAUACAUGUGCUUCGGUCAUAUUCUUAGUAGAAAUUUUAUUGUGAGGCUAAUAAUAUUCAAAAAAAUCUGUGACUGUUAGAUUUUAGCGGGAAUUACUGCUACUAUCUGGUAAAAAAUUUACCGAAUGAUAAAAAAUUCGCAUGAGCCCUAAAUAACACACACACACAUAAAUACAUAUACAUGGAUAUAUUUGCUUUUUCGGGAAGUAAAUGAGUAUUUACGUACUUCUUUGCAAUUUAUUCAUAAGGAUUUAUUAAGUGAAUGA